GCAGGUGAGAAAAGAUACCUAAUUAUAUGGAAUAAAUCGUCGAAUACGGGAGGAUUCCGUAGAGACAGGUAAAACCUGAUAUCAUGAAUAAUUACCUAACGUUAUUGUAUUAUAUAUGUCCAACUUAAGACUAGGAUGCGUCUAUGUAGCGUGCCUAAGGUAUAGAAGAGGUGUAUACCUCUUUGGGACCCCUCAUGUCAUGUCAUGUAUAACACCUAUUAUACCUAAAUGCAAAGAAGCAAGCAGCCCGAACUAACAGCGAAGAUGUCCGCCAUUUGGCGUGUUAUUGGAAAUAUGCUCACCUGAGCCAUCUUCAGAUCACUUAAAUCCUAACUGACGUGAAGCCAGCAUGCGAUGACAGUGUUGUAUAGAGAUCUUCUGUCAUGCUGUCUUGUAGCUGCCAAAGGCUCUACCGUCGAAGGUUUUCCAGGGGUAGUUAUGAGGAGGAGACGUCUACAAAUGCUUCGGAGCUAUUUUCUCUUCCAACGAAGUGUGAUAUAUGUGAUGGAUGUAUGCAAUAGAUUUUUCAUAGAUAGCCUGCGUACUUUUUUUCUAAACCGGUCAAGAACCUUUGUAGUUAUUACACAAUUUCUUGAGCGGCUUGUUUCUUUUUUGCGUGUACGCUCCUAUACAAGUUAGGUAAUACCGACGGCUUGGGGACGCCGUAGACGUAGACGUGCCACCAACAGAGCUGAAGAUAAUAUACACGCCAUUUCUCCUAUAUCCGAGAGCCGCAGGAUUCUAGCUCCGAAG